AUGGACUUAUCAGGUAUAUAUCAAUCAGAAGAAGAAGAAACGCUUGCCGAACAACAUAAUCAUGUUGUUAAUCUGUUACAACUUAAAAAAAACCAACCACACGACAAGUCAUGUACUAUAGAGUUCCUCGACGAGGCACUGUAUUAUGUUAUUAGAAGUCAUAAAGAAGACUCUUCGCGACAUUUGUUCUGCACUCCUAAUUUGUCCAAGAUUACAAUUGAAAUGAUACCAUUAUUUGCAAUACCUGAACAAGAAGAUAUUUUACAAUUUCGUCAAAUAAUUGAGGAUGAAUUAAUAGAAUGUUUCUCGUGUGUUGAAGUAUUUCAUGCUGAAAAAAAGCAACUCUAUAACAGAUUUUCAAAGGUAUACAUUAAUGAGAAAACUAAUGUAGACAACUUCUUCUCAAAUUUAAAAAAAUGGAUUAAAUCACGAGUAUAUUAUGAGUUAGAGAUGAUAAAACAAAACUUAGAUCAUGUAGAUCCUGUUCAGCUGAUAGCUUCUCCAAAUGACGCUAGAAUUACGACGGCCUUUUUAGAAAUACUCCUCGAUCCAUUUUUAUUAAUAGGCUUGAAUAAUUUGUUCGUUGACAUUUUGGUACAUUUCAAAGCCGACGAGUCAUUCAAAUUAACGUACCGUUAUUUGCCGGGUGUACUCAUCUCCACGCUACAUGAGAGAGCUGAAGUAAGAAAUUGGGCACGGGCAUCACUACAGGAAAUGACUAAGCCUCUUGAGAUGAAAGAAUUUCAAAGCUGUGCUUCCUUCGCUUCGUCAAUUCAGGCUAUUUUGAUUAAGCUUAGGGAUUUCAAUGAUUCUCCUGAUAAGGCUACAAUCCAAUUUAUACUUACAAAAAAUUUGGCCGAUGCUUGGGAAGGUGUUAACUUAAUAUUAUCUGUCAUGGAUCCGAAUAUAAUUCUAAAAAACUUCUUUGAACGUGAUUUAAACAUAAUUCAGAUCCUCUGCAAUCAUCUACAAUCAUCUUCCAAUAUCGAUGAACGUGUUUUCAUUGAUAUACUUGGCUGUUUGGAAAUUCUUAUAGACAAAAUUGGUUCCCAACUUUGGAAUCACAUAUCAUAUUGGGCCUUAAUAUUGUUUCAGAGUUUGUUUAUUGCAUACUCUUCUAUCAGGUCAAAUUCAUCAUCUCCAAAAGAACUUUAUGAAAUUUUCAUAAAAUUUUUGCAAAAAUUAAGACAAAUGUUUCCCGAUAUUAAACCAUCAGAAGUGCUGGAAGAAACUGCUUCUGUGGAAACCAUAACUUUGUCAAUUUUAAAUGAAAAUCUGAAUGUCAUGGAAGACAUUUAUAUUAAAUGUCAUUCAUCUACUUAUGAUUAUGGUUCAAUGCUCAGUAUACAAAUUAGAGGAAUUGUAUGGAAUAUAGCACUCAUUGAAACAUUCGAAAAUAUUAAUACAUCCGGAGAACAAUGUUCAGAAAUGAAUGUACUUUUACUUAAGUGCAUUCACAAACUUGUACUCAUGGACAUAAUAGAGACUGGACGCCAUAAUGAUAAAGAUCUAUUGACUUUUUUCGUCGAUCCAUUAAAUAAACUACGAGAACAAAUCGAUAGAUUUUUAAAGAAACUUUGUAAUGAAGAUUCGAAAAUAAUUCAUACCAUUUUACCCAUCGAAGAGAUCGCCCCUUCGAUGAUUCAUUUACUCUUUUCAAUAAACGGAGAAUUCAUGAUUGAAAGUCUAACACUUUUGAAAAAAAUGUACCCGAUCAACACUUAUGUAGAAUUGGUUCAAAAAAUCACUGCACCUAUUAUAGAAGGGAUAAUAGGUGUCCUUCAUACAUUCGCCAAAUGGACUGAAAUCGGGUGUGAUACUUUUAAAUUGGCUGGAAGUAUAAAGCAACUAUUAUCGGAUGCAUUUUUUCAACCUAUAUUGGGUGAAUGGGGCAUAUCUAAAACUCAGUCAUUGUCUCAAGAUCUCAUUUCAUUGAUUCAUAGAUAUUGGGAUGCUUCAUGGUGUGCGUUUACUCAAGUGUUCAAAAAAUAUGAUGAUUCAGUUUCUGUAACAAUUCAUGAAGAGGUUAUUGUUCAAUUAUCUAAUUACGCGGAAUUAGCGACUCGUAUGUUACAGCGACAUUCAGAUCCAGCUUUUGGUUCUAUCGAUUCUCUUAGUCUGACAGAUCCAUUUUGUCAAGCUCUAAAAUACAUUAUUGGUUUGUUAGAAUGCAACAACCUUGAUCUAAUACAAAAAUUACACCGAUUAACUUGUGAAAUACUUUAUGUUCUGACUAAAUAUGAGUUAACUGUAGAUAGUACUUUGUAUGUUAAAUUGAUGAGAGUUUCAAACGAAGGUCACUUGGCUGUUGAUGAGCGAAAUGAAUUGCAUGCCGCAUUAUCCAAGCAUGUAACGAACGGACGUUUAUUAGAAACAUUGUACGAAAAUAGAGAAAGUUCAUACAUGGAUACAUCAAUAUCAUUACCAUACACGGGUACAUCAUCACCAUUACCAUACACGGGUACAUCAACACCAUUACCAUACACGGGUACAUCAACACCAUUAUCAUACACGAGUACAUCAACACCAUUAUCAUACACGGGUACAUCAACAUCAUUGUCAUAUAUGGAUACAUCAAUCUCAUUCUCUGAUAACACUACAGCACCAACAAAGGAAAUUAAAAAACCCAUAAAAUCUAUUUUAUAUGCAAGGGAAAAGGGUGACUCACAAAAGAGAGUUCCCAAAAAAGUACGGUUUGAAUGA